GAGAGGGAGAGGGAGAGGGAGAGGGAGAGAAGGAUUGAGUGAGUAUGAAGUGAGGUUUGUGGUUCACACAUUAAUUCAAAACAAAAGCAAUGCAAUCUCUUCAUCAUCCCACUGUUAUCCCUUUACCAUUUGCUCCUCAUCCCCAGUCCCACACUCUCCAUUUUUUCAACAAACAACAUAUCUCCUCCUCCAUUUUUAGUACUCGUUCAUAUCUCACCCGCACCCGCUGUUCUCCGCCAUCUCCCGCCACCACCGUAGUCUCCACCAGCAGCUUGUGGGAGAAGGGGCCUAUUGAAGGUGUUCUGUUUGAUAUUGAUGGAACAUUAUGCGAUUCUGAUCCUCUUCACUUCUAUGCCUUCCGCCAAAUGCUUCAACAGGUUGGAUUCAACAAUGGAGUCCCAAUUAGUGAGGAAUUUUUCAUAGAAAACAUAAGUGGAAGGCACAAUGAAGACCUUUGUGGCAUUCUCCUCCCAGAUUGGGACCUACCUAAAGCUAGAAAUUUCUUUCAACAUAAGGAAGCUUAUUUUUGCAGAUUGGCAGAAGAGCAGUUGGAAGCCAUAGAAGGGCUGGACAAGGUCUGCAAAUGGAUAGAGGAGCGUGGGAUUAAACGCGCUGCCGUGACCAAUGCUCCAAGACCGAACGCCGAGCUGAUUUUGUCGAUGCUUAAACUUACGGAUUUCUUUGAAGAAGUGAUCAUAGGGAACGAAUGUGAACGUGCAAAGCCAUUCCCUGAUCCUUACUUGAAGGCUCUUCAAGCUCUUCAACUCUCUCCUCAACGUUCUUUUGUCUUUGAGGAUUCGGUAUCAGGAAUAAAAGCAGGAGUGGGAGCUGGAAUGAGAGUGGUUGGUGUGGGAAGAAGAAACCCAAAAGAAUUAUUACAAGAAGCUGGAGCCACUUUUGUAAUUCAAGAUUUCAAUGAUCCAAUUCUUUGGACCCAACUACUCUUUUAAUUUUAUAUUAAUUCAUUGAUCCUGAUCUCAUUUUCUUCCUUUUAAUAUACUGUUCUUAUUUCAUGCACUU